AUGCAAUUACGAUAUACAUGCAGGGAAAAUACUUCUGUUCGGCUUAAUCGAUUGCCAUGUCCACCUCAACGCAGUCCCGGGGUGGCCGAGGAGGGGGGGGGGGAGGUACAACCCCGCGAUAUGUUGAAUAUGGAUGGCACCGUGACAUCCAUGCGUCAGCCUUGUAUAUGCAAUGAAAUGCUUCGCAGGAUUUCACAUCAGUCCGAGACUCCGGCGGAGCCACCCUCCCUCUCAGAGGAGUUAUCAACGACGAUGCCUUCCCUGGUCUCCAUCUAUUCAUCUCAGGACAUGCGCCCAGUCAAACAUGUGGUCACGGGCGACAUGCAAGAUUUCAUCAGAAUCAUGGGCGGCAGACGCGUCACGAGUCCCACUGAUAGACUACAGAACAUGCAAUUUACAACCAAGCAGAUCCAGGCGAUUGGCGAGGAGGCUCGUUCCUAUCCUGUCUGCGUCAUAGCGCAUGCCUACACGUCGCAGGCUAUUAGGCACUCCAUCGAUAAUGGAACUAGAGGCAUUGUACACAGAAUUUGGCCUGGCUUUUUAUCUGAGGAAUCUGCAUCGAAGACUGCUGCUGUUCUCCAAACAGGCUUGCAAUCGUUAAAAUUUUCCAGUGACACUAGAAUCACCCUAUACAUGAGAAUAAAUAAUAGUAAAGUAGUCCGUAACCUGAAAAUUAUAUAG